GCAGCAGCGGCGGCGGCCGCGGGGGGAGUCGGCGCUGGGAGCGCUCGGACCUAGGGCCGCCCGCCCCUCUCCCGCCGCCGCCCUCCUCCUGCUCCCGCUCCGCCGGCACCGCGGCGCCCUCCCGCCCCCUCUGCCCCCCGCUGCGAGCGGAAGGAGCGCCGGGAACUUCGGAGCCAGCUACGCCCCGCCGCGUCCGACAUGAGGGAGAAGGGCCGCAGGAAGAAGGGCAGGACCUGGGCAGAGGCCGCCCGGACGGUCCUGGAGAAAUACCCUAAUACACCUAUGAGCCAUAAAGAGAUUCUUCAAGUUAUCCAGAAAGAAGGACUUAAAGAAAUCAGUGGGACUUCUCCUCUUGCAUGCCUGAAUGCUAUGUUACAUACAAACUCCAGAGGGGAAGAGGGCAUUUUCUAUAAGGUCCCAGGGCGAAUGGGAGUGUACACUCUGAAGAAAGAUGUUCCAGAUGGACUGAAAGAGCUCUCUGACGGCUCCGAAGAAAGCAGCGAUGCGCAGUCAGACUCUCAGAGCUCGGAGAAUAGCAGCAGCAGCAGCAGCAGCAGUGAUGCUUGCAGUAACAAAGAUGGGAAGAAAAGCAGAUGGAAAAGGAAAGUGUCAUCUAGACUGUCACAGGCAUCCUCCCCGCAGUCCGGCUGCCCGUCACCCUCCAUCCAAACAAGCAAAGUCAUCUCCUCAUCCCAGAAGCACAGCAAGAAGGCACUCAAACAGGCCUUGAAGCAACAGCAGCAAAAGCAACAGCAGCAGCAAUGCAGGGCCGGCAUGCCCGUGUCAGCUAAUCAGCACGUCCUUCUGAAGGCUGUAAAGGCAGCCAGUGACUCCGCGCCGGCAAAACCGGCUUGGGAAGGAAAGCAGUCAGAUGGACAGUCCAGCAGCCCACAGAACUCCACCUCCAGCUCCUCUGCCUCUGUUAAGCUGGAUAACUCCUUGCCAGGGUUGGGGAAGAAACCCUUCCAGAGAUCUGACAGGCUCCAUGCAAGGCAGCUGAAGAGAACAAAGUGUGCCGAAAUUGAUGUGGAAACCCCUGACUCGAUCCUCGUGAACACAAACCUGCGGGCCCUGAUCAACAAGCACACGUUCUCCGUUCUGCCUGCGGAGUGCCAGCAGCGCCUGCUGCUGCUGCUCCCCGAGGUGGACCGGCAGGUUGGGGCAGAUGGUUUGAUGAAGCUGAGUGGUUCAGCACUCAACAACGAGUUCUUCACUUCAGCUGCCCAAGGCUGGAAGGAGAGGUUGUCAGAAGGUGAGUUUACACCGGAAAUGCAGCUAAGAAUACGUCAAGAGAUAGAAAAAGAAAAGAAGGUGGAGCUGUGGAAGGAACGUUUUUUCGAGAGUUACUAUGGUCAGAGUUCUGGACUAAGCCCUGAAGAGUCCCAGAGACUGACGGCAAAUACGAGUCCUGCUGAGACAGAGACUGGAAAUCUAGCAGCUGAACAGCCAAAAUGCAUGCCAGCUGUUCUGGCACCACUCAAAGAGGAGAUUACUUCUCCAUUAGAACCUAAAGCACAAGCAGUCCAGGAAGCACCAGCAAUGAAAAAAGGAGGAGAGGAAAGAAGAGAGGACACGCAGCCAAAACCAGCCAAAUCUGCAGAGGCCUCAGCUUCCUCAGAUGGCGGUGCAGUGAAACCUAGUGACCAUUCUCUCUCCAGGCCUUUAAAAGAUAGCGGAGAAUCCAUCCAAGAGAAACCACAAACUGCCAUUAGUCAAAAGCCAGAAGAAGAGAAAAAGCAUGCUGCGUCAAAAGAAGUAUUAGUAAAAGAGACUAUGAGUACCUCAGCUUUGGCCCCAAGUAAACCAAAGAGCCCUGAAGCAGGUGAAGUAGUAGCAAGCGUGACUAGUCAAGUGACUACUCCAGAAACACCAGAGAAGAAGUCCCCUGUAAAUGAAGAAAUGGAAGUCAGUGUUGAAGGCCAUAAGAGGAAGUCAGAGAGUCGGGAAGAAGCUCUAAUCACUCCUGAAAAAAAGGCACGUGUCAUGGAGAAUUGUCAGUACCAGCAGUCAUUUCGGACCCAGCCACAGUCCUUUCCUGCAGCUGGGACCCAGGUGCCACGUGUACCCCCACUCAAGAUUCCUGUUUCCAGAAUCUCCCCCAUGCCAUUUCCUGGGGGCCAGGUCUCUCCCAGGGCACGUUUCCCAGCCUUGGUUACCAGUCCGGGAAGAACGGGCGCCAGGACUCUGGCAGACAUCAAGGCGAAAGCGCAGCAGGCCAAGGCUCAGAGGGCAGCGGCCGCCGCCGCCGCAGCCGCCGCCGCCGCCGCCGCGGGGGGAGCCGUGCCGGGGCCGGGGCCGGGAGGCGGCGGGGACCCACCCGGCGGUGGAGGAGAGAGGAGUAACGCAGCAGCGAGCGGAGGCAGCGAAACUGGAAUUCGAGGAAAUGCACUGGAACUGGCAGGAACUGGAAGCGGGGGAGGUUCGCGAAGGUGUCUUCCCCAUUGCACAGGGACCCGUACCCAAGUGGAGACCCAGGCCACGGGCCAGGCACCACCUCACAAUCCUCCGAGAGCACAACUACAGCAAACUUCCGUGUUACAGUCCAGAACUCCAGCCAGCAAUACGGGCACCAACUCCUCCUCAUCAGCGGUAUCAGCAUUAGACAAAAUUAACAGAAUAAAACAGAGCCCCCCAAAUAAGACUGUAAAUCAGGUUUCAGGCUCCCCAUAUGCUGUUAGCAAUGACAGACAAGAGAAAGCACCUUCUGCUCCAGCAGGUCCAAGCCAGGUCUGUGGGGCAUCUGCUGUCAGGGAUGGAGCAAUCUGUGUCACUGCGUCCACAGCAGAUACCAACACAAAUGUAACUAAGGUAGCACCUACAGCCUUAGGAGGGAGCAGUUUAGAUAUCUCUAAAAGCAAAUCUCCUUCCUCUCUGACAUCUUCACUGGCAUCCAUAAGCUCAGAAGCCCAGGCUGGUGGUGUGGUAACAUCUGCUACAUCUAUUCCACCCUCUAACACUUUGUCAGUAGCAUCUAGCCUUAAAACUCAUGCAACUUCAAGUGCAAGUGGGGCCCUUCCCAAAACAAACUCCAGUAUUCCUGCUAACAACCCUUUAGUUACUCAACUUCUUCAAGGGAAGGAUGUCCCCCUGGAACAAAUCCUGCCUAAGCCUCUCACCAAAGUAGAAAGGAAAACUGUCCCAUUAGCUUCUAAUGAAGAAAAAGGAGCGGCAUUGUCCAGCACUACAAGCAUAGCAGGGAACGGUACUGGAGCUGAAGGUGGUGACAGACAGUCAAAUUUACCCACACAACAGCUUGGAAAGAUCUUUUGCCAGAACAGGGCUCUGCCUAACAUUCCAAGGACAUUUCAGCUCCUCUCAGGAAAGGACCCCAGUGUUGACCAGCACCAGUACCAAGAGACACUUAGUAAAACAACGCAAGAGCAGAUCCUUCAGACUCUUAUCAAGAGGGUCCAGAGGCAGAAUUUGUUCCCAGUCCUUCAGCCUUCACAACUGAACCUUACCCACUCAGGUUUCCAGUUAGAAAACAGCUCUACAAGCCAGAGAUUUAUGCUGGGUUUCAUGGGCAGAAGGACAUCUAAGCCUGCUAUGUCUGGUCAUUAUCUGCUCAACAUUUCCACAUAUGGCCGUGGUUCAGAGAGUUUGCGGAGAGGCUUUUCCCUGAACCCUGAAAACCGCUUGUGUCUGAACAGUCCUGCUGAUGCUCCAAAAAUAGAAUUUGGGGAAUGUGAGGAUAUACCUGGCAAUGGCAGUAGCAGUGAUGAAGGAGAUGCAGAUGAUGAGAGUACUGGUGAUGAACAUGAACACAGCAGUGUGAAAGAGGAACCCCUGAUUACCCAAGUUUCUGAUCAGUGUGAAAAAGAACAGGUAUCACAUAGCAUAAAUUCUUCAGAUUACAGCGUCCUUACUAAAAAGAGCGUCAAGACAGAAGCAGUCGUGUCUCAGCAAGCAGCAAUCAACAAGGAGACUGUUCAGACAUUUGAUGAAACUACGUUAGCCAGAGAUUUUAUUCAAGCAGCUCAAGAGCAAGUGGCACAUGCAAUGAAGGGGAAAAUGCAUAGCAAUCCUGAGCUUUUCAGUUCUUCUGUAGCAUCAUCAGACUCUGUUCAGCACCAGUCUCCACUGCAUUCUCAUUCGCAUCCCCCAAAGCUGUGUGGCAAUGCUGCAGCACAGCUCAUUGGUCCCAGUUACAGUGGCACAAUAAAUGUCUCCACCUCUCCAGAUGUGAACCAAGGGUCUCUUAUGACUGGGCUGUCUGAGUGCAAUCAGUUGUCUAGUAGCAUGGGGAACGUCAUGUCCUUUUCAGUGACUGUAACCACCAUUCCCACCAGCCAAGCUAUGAACUCUGGCAACCACAGUCAGACCAUCCCUGUUCAAGCCUUUGCUGAAGACAACAGCAUGGAGGAUUCCCCUUCCAAAUGUUACUGCAGGUUGAAAGCCAUGAUCAUGUGCAAGGGUUGUGGUGCCUUCUGCCAUGACGAUUGCAUUGGCCCCUCUAAGCUCUGUGUCUCCUGCCUCGUUGUGCGGUAACUGAGACAUGAAAUGGGGAAGAAGAUGGAUUUUGUCUUUGCUUUUGAAAGUACAGUGGGAAGAAACAGGAAGAUUACUGCCUUGCACAAGAGACAUGUUACUGAAUCAGGAAUACAGAGCAGAGUUCUUCUUUCAUUAAAGAAAGAGCACCUUGUACAGUGAGUCUAAAUUGAGCUCAACUACGUGAAUUGUGACAAGAGUUUGCACUUAAGGAAUUCUGUAAAUAUGUCGCAUUAUUUUGUUUAAAAAUAUUUUUUCAGUCUUUUAGGAGAUAGUGUUUGACUUGUACUGCAGUUUCAUUAACCCCAGCCUGCUAUCCAGCAUGUUUGCUGAGCUCUGCUCUAGAUGGGGGAAUGAACCCCCAGCAAAAACUUUAGCCUGUUGGUUUUCUCUUGACAAAGAGAAGAACUGGAUAAUCAAGAAACUAAACGUUUGUACUGACUGAUCACAGAGCACUGAAGCCGGAACCCCUGAAUGGGCUUACUUCUGUUGCUCAAAUUUUAGUUCAAAUUUCUCAGAAGUGGAAGGCUUUAACAUUAUACCAGCCUUUCAAAUAACUGCCCAUCAGUUGUGACCUGACUCUUUCUGGAAGGCAUACUGGGUUGUGCAAUAUUGGCUGGUGUUUUUGAUUUGCAUAUCCUCUUCUUCAAGCAGUCAGUUGCAGUAAUGUUGUUUCUAGGAAGGUAGUAUCUUGAUUUGCUACUGGUAAAAACUGAAAAAGGCAACUGUACUAACCAUAGGAUUUAAAGAAUUUAAAUCACUAAAACAACUCAGUAACUGUGAUUAUCAGUAAUUCCAGGAACCAUUUAAAGCAGAGAUCACUAAUAUGUGCUGAACUGCAUUUCAUUUCUGGACCUUCGGGAUUCAGGAGAAACCUGCUUUAUUAGGCAUUUCAAGGGAGCUGGAAAGUGCCAUUCCCACAGUUACCAACCAUCAACUGUUGCAGUACAUUGUAGAAGUGAAGUGCACUAAAUGUCACCCUCUGUCAUACUGUUUUCCAGAAAGCUUGCUGUGGCUCAUUAAAUCUCCACAAUAGGCAGACUUCUCUGAUUUCUAUAGAAGAUUUUUUAUUUAAAUAAGUAUAGGGUGAGGAAAACAAGCAUCAUGUUGGGCCUCAUCGUUACCCCUCAGUGGAUGUCUCUUUGUGUUUUAGCAUACCAAAUUCUUUGACUUGACUCCUGGUUUUUACUCUGCGAGGUCCAGAAUUGCAUUAGUUGGAGCAGUAAGUCAGGACUGGGGAAGACUGGCAGAGGUAUGUUGCCCUUGGGGACCGGAGUAAUGGGACAUAGCUGGUCCCUUACACAGCCAUGGGACAUAGCUAGGGAUGCUCAUUCCUCACUUUCAAGAGUGCCAGUGUUCACAAAUCCAUUCAUUUUGACUGAUCAAAAUCAAAACAGUUAUAAAAUGGUACUAUAUUCUCAAUAACAAGAAGUUAUGAUAAGCUGGCUAAAAAACAUAGACCAACCUGCAUUUUGAUGUAUUGCAACAUGUCCACAUCAUAUCAAGGAUUUAUAUGUUAUUUCUCUUCCAAAACAACAUCAAGUUCAGUAAUCACAUCCAGUUCCAUACUCUCACUGUUGGGGGGCUGGGAGGGGCGGGAAUACUGGAUCUUGGUCAGGUAAAAAUCUAUGUAUCUUUUUGAUGGAAAAGCACUGAAUUCACUUUUAAUCCAAAGGCCUUUUUAAGAUGAAGCAAUAUUAACAAGUCAGUAUGACAACCUGUAUUCCUGUAUUAUUAGCUGGGGUCCUAAGUCUUUUUUUUUUUUUUUUUUUUUGGUUCCAUUUGACUGUACUACUGCUUUUCCCCUUUUCUCUCCCUCUCGUAAGAGAAGAGAACCUGGCAUGCUACUGUUGAAGAUCAGAAAUAUUGCCCGUGAAACACACUGUGUUUUUCCAAGGAGUGGGUAGUGAUUUAUUUGGUAAUGAUAAAAAGAGUUUGCAGACUUAAUCAUUUUGUAAUAAAAAAUUUUCCUUCCCUGUCAGCAGUGCAUGGUAUCCUCCAAACCAGGAUUACUAUGUGUGAAUUAACAAGACCUGCAGUAUAUCUUUGUCUUAGUUUUGCUCAUCUUAAAUUUACUGGGGAGCAAGAGACCCGUGCUUUUGAAUUAUGCAUAGCUGCUUAGAUAUCCAGUGGUGAAAAAAUGUAGUUGUUAUAAAUAGUCAAUCUUUUUUAAUCUACCAGUUAAAUCUCAAAAAAAAAAAAAAAAAAAAAAAAUCGCAAAAAUAAUUCCCAAUAUUCCUGCCGUGCUAAACAUGCAUUAUUGGUGGUCGCUGCCCAGCAAACCCCACACCAGAUCUGGGUGUGUUCCAGCUGCCAGCCUCAUGCAUGUAUGUGCAGAGACCCAAACCAGCAAACACAGGUUAGCUUCUGCUGUUGCAAUCAUGGGCUAAGGGGGUUAAUCCUGUUUUCUGGGUUGACUUGUCCAUAAGAAUAAUACUGAUUUGGACAGUAACCUCUUGCUGUCUGCUCCCUCUUCUGUAACGUGAAUUUCUGCAAUUUAAAUUCCGGAACACCCUGACGUGGUUUCAAGCUGUGUACCUUAGCGAGUGCAGAACUGAUAGAGGACGUUUCCUUUUUCAGUUUCCUUGUUAGCUCAAGCCUUUGUCUACAUAGAAAAGAAGCGUUACAGCUUUGUGAUCCUAAUUCAAAUGUAUUCAUUCCCGUAUAAGACAGUUACUGAAGUAUAAUCUAUUUUAAAAAUUGUUCCUCAUUACAAACUAAACUGAAAAAGUCACACUUACAUCAAAUAAGAGCAAAGAGAUUUUACUGGCACAAUUAGACCAACUCUGUUCACACCUUGACUUUUAUCCAUGUCAUUUUUCUAUGCUGACAAGGCUGCAUAAGAAAAGGAAAGAGAAGAGGAUGAGGGAGUCGCGCACUGUGAUCUGUAGGCUUGCUUUUAGUGUUUAUGAGCUUUUAAAUUUGUUGUCAAGUUUAAAUCUGUAAAUUAAGAAAAUGUAAAUUUGUUUAAAUUUUCUGUCACUUUAAACGACAGUGUCAUUACUCUUCUCAGCAUUUUCUGAAACAGUCCAAGUAGAGACCCUAGCUAUGAUUCCUACUCGCUUUUUCCUUUAAAUUUCACAAGUGUCCCCUGAAGUAUAUGGGUGUAGUUUUCUGUGCCACAUUUCCUCUCUGCGAGUCUACUUUGGAAACACAAGAAGCGGCUGCUUAGUCGCACUGCAGGGACUGACCUCCGCUUUGCAGUCACCGUCCCAGCGAGAAGGGAACUAGAUCCAAGCUUGGCUGUAUAGUGACCACUAAGAUUUCAGUAGGAUCCCAGACUUUUUAUUGGACAGUAUAGCCAUCUUGUAUGAUGACUUGGAAGUUUACAACUCUGUUCAGUGCCUUAGUUGUAUUUUAAUGGAUCAGCACUUUUAUUGGGCUACUUUUAUUCUAUUCCUUUUUAAGACAAAAAAAAAUUCUUUUAACUGCAUGUCUUUGAUUUUACCAUAUGCAAUGAUCUCCUAGGUGGAACUUGAUGGAACAAUAUCUAUAAGUUUGCAAGAGGGCAUUAAGUAGUUAGGAAACCAUAAGAAAUAACAGGUAUCUGUGUAAUAAUCACUUAAUAUUAAGUACAAGUCUACAUAGAACAUUGAUACUUUUGCAUGUUUUUUUAGUGGUGGAUAUUGAAUAAUGUAUUUUAGAAGGGGAAAAUGCUGCUGCCUGUGUAGGAGCAUUCCCUAAGUCGUAUUAGCCUGCUGCCUUACUGUUGAGGCUCCUCUCUCCAGUCUCCACUCCUCCCAUCGUCUGACCUUCCUACUGUUCCUUCCAGUAAGGUAAUAAACCUACUUUCACACUGGAUUUAUAAUUAAAAGGGAUGUUGUGACAUAGUUUAAAACAUUAGACCUUGAUACCCCAGGUAUAAAAUUAAUAGCACUUUAUAGUAAAUGCUCUCAUAACAAAUAAAGUGGUGAGAUAAAACAUUUUGCAAAGCCUAAUGUCAAACCGUGUUUGUGGCAGUAACAGCCACUUGAGUAAGAAAAGAUACUCAGAUUUAAAUAUUCCCUUUUGGGUCACAAUCCAAACCCUGCAGCAAGAGAACUAGAAAUAUAAACUGAUUAUGCAAAAAAAAAAAAAAAAGAAAAGAAAAGAAAAGAGAAAAGAAAAGAAAAAAGAAAACAUGCAAGUUGCUGCAGUGGAGGAAUGAAGGCAGUUCUAGAAAGGAGUUUAAGGUUUUGAGAUACAGAUUAGUAACACAGGGAAGGAAAUUUUUUUGAAACUUUUAUGUCCCUCCUUAAAUGAAAAGCAAAGGCCAGUACUCCUCGCAGCCACCCUCGGCGAGAGGCGUACCUUUCUGUGGCAGCAAGCAGUAGCUGAUGGGAAGCAAGCCCCUGCUCGAAUUGCCGGGAGGCACGGGCGCUGCAGCGGCAGGGCGGCCGGGGGAGCGCGGGCCGGCAGCGGGCGGGAGGCAGAACCGUCGCCUUCGUGGUGGCAGCCGCGCUUGGAGCAGCUGGAGGCAGCGCGGCCUGGGCGCAGGAAACGCGGAUUUGUGCCAGCGGAGUGGCUGAAGGGCCGGCGGUCUUUCUUCACUACAGUUGUCUCCCCAGGGAUGCUUAAAGCCCUGGGGAUUUUGUUGGUUUGUUUCACUUGGGAGUUUUGCUUCAGCUCGGUUCCUUAAAAGCCACCCCGGCAUGCAGGAGCUGCCUUGGCGGAGCGGCCGUGUUUGCUGCAGGAGUCGGCAGGGGGUUGCGCUCAGCUCUCCCACCAGUCACGUGCUAAGGGGACGGGCGCUAGGCUGAUCCUCCAAAACUGAAGCCCACGAAGUCCGUCAACGCGGCGGUCCGAGCGGAGGCAGAGGGCGGCGGGACGGUCGCGCACGCCGUGGAUUACCUCCGCUGCGAUGAGCGUGGCGCGUCGCGGUUAGGGCAGGGCGGGGAGACGACCAUUCCUAGGAUUUUGGUGCUUCUGGCACCGUGCAGCUUUGACGAGCAGCCUCAGCUGAUUUGAUAUAUGCAGAAUUAACGUGGUGGAAGAGGUGUCUUACAGACUUUGCGUCUGUUUGCCACUGGUGUCUUACAGGGAGAACAGCUCAAGCAUUUGCUACAAUAAUGAUAUCCAGAAUUUUCUUUGUUACCUAUUUUUUUUUAAUGCUAUACAUUUGAUAUAACUGAAGAUCAAUUUUAAGAGCUUACAGUAAUAUAUUUUAAGUAAUAUAUAUUUUUAGUAUCUAUAAAAAAUUGAUAAAGGAUGAUUUAUGAACUAGAUAAACAGGGUAUUGGGAGUACGCAGUUUCUCAGCAAGGCCAAGAAUAGUUUUACUGGCAGGAGAACUGAAAAGAUUCCGUUUUAUCCAUUAAUGCAAUAAAAAUGGGAAUUCUUAAAAACAGAGAAAUCCAAUAUUGUUUACUAAAUGAAUUUCUUGUUUUGACAACAGGCCUCUGUAAACACAGUUUAGAAGAUACUAAAACUUUGUCUGUCUGUUGCCUUUUUAAAAGGGACUUAAAUUGGAAUAGAGGGUAUGUACAGAAAUAUCAAGUUGACACCAUUUUAAAAGUUGUAUUUUUACACAAAUAAUAUAGAAAAUCUUAUUUUA